AUAUAAAUAACGUCAAAAACGGAGUUCGUAUGAGCGAGUUACAAAUUAUAGUAGUAUAUUUACGUAUUAAAAUAAAGUAUAAAUCAUGUAUACGUACACAUAUAUAUACAUAUGUAUAUAUCAUUAGAAAGGUAUCGACGAUGCGGUUAUUAUAAAACUAAUGUUGAGUUCUUUCGACAUUAGUUUAGUACAAAGAUCAUUAAAUCCAUUUAAAAUAGUAUUAUAGAGGGGUGUUUAGUUGUUUAUAUAACUAAAAGGUCAUUAAGUAAUUAUGGAGGGUAGUUUUUGAAAAUUCAAUUAGUAUAAAUAAGAGCCUUGGGCUCUCAUAUUUCUUGCACCAUUCUCUUGAUUCAAGAGUCUUUCUCUCCUUAUCCCCCGAGCAUUUCGGUCCCUCGUGAUUCGACUUCUCUUUCUGUAGUUUUAGUAUAGUAAGGUGAGCGCUGAAGCGCUGCACGAAUCUUUCUUAGAAAGAUUCAGCGACGAAGUUCUGCCCCUGCAGAGCCCGACUCCUAGCUAAAAUCCCCUUGAAAGUGUUGAUAUGAAGUCACAAUACACUGAGAGAUUUAAAGAGAUGUAGAUCACUAGUGUAAAUAAUUGUAAGUUCUGUUUAUGCUUAUGUUUCUGUAUUAACGAUGACAUCCCAAACGUUUUAAAAUGAAAUAAAUACGUUUCAUCGAAAAUGUUUUAAUAACGUAUUUACCAUGUUUUUCUGGGAAUAAAUUCCGCAACAUUUUUAUAAAAUGAAGUACUCUGAUUUUUAUAAAGCAUAAACAAAAUCGGUCUUUUCUGGCCGUGAAAAUGGGGAUGUCACAGUUUGAUAUGAUGAAAAUGAGAGAGUCUGUUGCGCAUUGGAUACUUAUGCACGAGCAUCCUUUCACAAUUGUUGAAGAAGAAGGAUUUAACAUGAUGCAAAAGCGUGGAAUGCUUGAAUGGGAAAAUGUCUCACGUGUUUCCAUUAAAAAAGACUGUGAAAAAGUUUUUGAGAUAGAAAAGAACAAGCUGAAGAAUUUAUUAAAGUCUAUUUCAAAGAUUAGUGUGACCACGGAUAUGUGGAAGUCUACCAAUCAGAAAAUCGAGUAUAUGGUUCUUACAGGCCAUUUUGUUGAUUCUAAUUGGCAAUUACAAAAACGUGUUCUUAGCUUUAUUCACUUACCUCCUCCUCAUCGCGGGCUUGAGAUUGCUGACAAUCUUUACAAGUGUUUUAAGGAUUGGGGUAUAGAGAAUAAGGUGUUCACUAUUUCCGUUGACAAUGCCUCAAAUAACGAUUCGGCUGUUAGGAUCCUAAGUGAAACUUUUUCAAGGGUUAAAAAGUUGCCUUGUGGAGGAAAGUUGUUUCAUGUACGUUGUUGUGCACACAUCUUGAAUCUUAUGGUUCAAGAUGGACUUUCUAGAAUUAGCUAUAUUAUUGAGGAUAUUCACGAAACUGUCACGUUUAUCAAUCAAAAUGAAGGGAGACUUAAUUUGUUUUCUGAGAUUGUGCAACAGUUGCAAUUGCCACAUAGAAAACUUAUUCUUGAAUGCAAGACAAGAUGGAAUUCAACAUAUCAAAUGUUGUCGGCUGCAAUCAAAUUUAAAGAGGUGUUUCCAAUGUACAAAGAAAGAGAGCCACGCUAUCUUUGUUGUCCUAGCAAUGAUGAUUGGUUGAAGGUGGAAAAGGUAUGUGAAAUCUUAGAAGUUUUUGACUCUGCGACUAAUAUCAUCUCUGGGAGUGAGUAUCCGACUUCAAACUUAUUUCUUAAUGAAAUUUUUAGAGUGAAAGUUUUGUUGGAUAAGAAGUUUGAAGAUUCUAACGAAGAUGAGUUUGUUCAUGACAUGGUUAAGUGCAUGAAACUAAAAUUUGAUAAAUAUUGGGGAGAUUGCAACUUAAUGAUGUCUAUUGGUGCUAUUUUAGAUCCUAGGUGCAAAAUGAGGGUUAUUGAGUUUUGCUUUCCUAGGAUGUAUCCUGGAAAUGAAGCUUGUGAAAAUAUAGACAAAGUGAAAAAAGCUUUAUAUGAAUUGUAUAAAGAAUAUGCAGAUGAGUAUUACUCUAGUAGUGGUGAAGGAAAUGGCGAAAGUGAUGGUUUAAGAGGAAACAAUGUGACUAUUCAAGCUUCAUCUUCUGGUUGGUCUGAGUUCGCUCAAUUUGUAAGAACAGUUGAAAAUAUACAACCACAAAAAUCCGAUUUAGAUAAUUAUCUUGAAGAGAGUUGUUACAUUUGUGAAGAGGAUCCAAUACCAUUUGAUGUUUUACAAUGGUGGCGGUCAAAUUCGUUAAAGUAUCGUAUAUUAUUACGCAUGGCUCGAGAUAUACUUGCAAUUCCUAUCACCACUGUUGCAUCGGAAGCUACUUUUAGUGCGGGUAGUAGAGUUAUUGACACAUAUAGAGUAUCCUUGGCUACUGAAACGGUAGAAGUCUUACUUUGUGGUGGAGAUUGGUGUUGAAGCCUCUAUGGUUUAAAAAGAAAGAAAAAGGCAUGAUUAUUUGUUUUUCAUCACCUUUAAUGUGUUUUUAUAAUUUCAAUUAUAUUUAUUAUUCUUGUGUUUAUACAUUUCAGAAAGAGAAGCAACAAAUGGAGAUCAAUCUUCCCAUUCCAUAAUAAGUAAGUUUAUUUAAAAUGUUGAAAACAAUUUUUUUUUUUUGCUGUUUUUUUUUUUUUUGCAGCUUUUUGUAGUUUUUUUUACUGUUUUUAUGGUUUUUGGUAGUUUUUUAUUGUUUCUUUUGCAGUUUUUUUGUUGUUUUUACUGAUUUUUAUGCUGUUUUUAGGUUAAAUAGUUGUUAAAUAAUUGUUGUUUGCUGUUAAA